AUGAGUCGUGGAUUCUCAGAAAACAAUAACUUCCCCUAUGACAACAACCAAAUGGUUUUGGAUAUGAUCCUGUGUUCCCUAGUUGGUGUUCCUCAGCCUAUCAACUGGGACAGUGUGGCAAGGCUGGUUCCAGGAUACACAUCCAAAGAAUGUGCAAAAAGGUUUGAUGAACUAAAAAGCAGUGGAAGUUCACCUGUUGACAACCAAUAUAAUCCCCUGAUGGCUGCUGGUGGGAGUCCUGUGGAAACUUUAGCUACGUACAUCAAAUCCUCCUUGCUCGAUUCACAGACAGAGUUUCAGGAGCCUGCUAUUGGGCAGGAUUCCAUUACUAUAACUGGAAGACCCAGUGCAGCCUCCACAAGGAGCUGUUCUUCAGAAUCUGAGAAAGGUCCUGUACAUAACAGUGGAGAAAGCAUUGAUGAAACCCAGGGGCCGAAUAUGGUGAUCCAUGUGUGUGAUGAAGCCAAAAACCUCAAAGAAGAUUUUGUGUGUCCUCGAGACCUCUUGAUUUCAGAGAUGAAAUACUUUGCUGAGUACCUGUCAGUGGAUGCCCAGCGCUGGGAGGAGGUGGACAUUUCCGUGCACUGUGACGUUCACAUCUUUGACUGGCUGAUAAGAUACGUCAAAAGGAAUUCCAAAGAGUUUGAGGCUAAUGAAAUGCCUACUUUAGAACCAUCAAAUGUCAUCUCAAUCCUUAUUUCUUCUGAGUUUUUGAAGAUGGAUUCAUUAGUAGAGAAAUGUAUUCAUUAUUGUCACAAAAAUAUGAAUGCUAUUGUAGCCACACCAUGUAACAUGAACUGUAUCAACGCUAAUCUUGUUACGCACAUUGCUGAUCUCUUCAGGCACAACGAGGUGGAAGAGCUGAAGGACAAAAGAGACAAAUUUAAGAGUAAACUUUUCUGCAAGAAGAUUGAGAGACUGUUUGAUCCAGAGUAUGUAAAUCCAGAUUCUAGAGGAAAUGCAGCAACUUUAUACAGGUGUUGUUUAUGUAAAAAGCUGCUAACCAAAGAAACUGAAAGGAGAAUUCCUUGUGUACCAGGAAAAAUCAACAUAGACCAACAUGGGAAUAUUGUCUAUGUUCAUAUAAGAGACAAAACCUGGGAAGUGCAUGAGUAUUUAAUUGGCCUUCACGAAGAACUGAAAUCCUGGCGGGACGUUUAUUGGCGUCUUUGGGGGACUGUCAACUGGUUGACCUGCUCAAGAUGUAACCAGUCUUUCCUCUGCACGGAAUUCUCCCACUGCCAGUACCAUUCGCAGCCGGUUCUUUAUCCAGGUGUAGCAAGUGCUCUGGGCUCCACUGGCACAGGAGUGUAUCCCUGUUGUAACCAAAAAGUUCUUCGGUUUGACCCUACAACCCUCCCAAAGGGCUGCAAAGUGAGGGAUCAUAUGGUAGAGUUACCUCCAGAAAGUGAAGAUGGGGAUGCUUUGCCACCUCAAAGUGAAGAGGGGGAUGCUUUGCCAUCUCAGACUGCUCAGAUCCUGAAUGAUCUGCUGCAUCAUAGAGAUGUUAUAGUUGUUCCUUUCACUAAGGAUGAGAAUAGUGAUUCUGGUAUUGGGCUUGGUGAUGACAAAGGCCUUGAAUGUGAUGUGCUUGUAGAACCAAAUACACCAUGGGGCCCCAAAACUGGAGAAGUCAAUGCUUUUUUGUCUCUGAAGAACUGGACUUUGCAGCUGAAACAGCAAUCACUGUUAUCUGAAGAGGAGGAGUACACCACGGGCUCAGAGGUCACUGAGGAUGAAGUGGGGGAUGAAGAAGAAGUGUGCAAGAAACCAGGGAGAAAGGAGAAAUUAAAGAAAUCCUACAGGCACCCAAAGAAAGUGGUUUCUUCACCUAGUGUUCAGAAAAGGGAGAAGCCAUCUGAUAAGUCAAGUUCCCGAGAUGUUUCUCCUUUCAUUGUGAGCAUGCAGCAGAACAAAUGGGAUGCCUCCAGGUCCCUGAGAUUCAACCAAGAUGCUCAAAGAGAAGAUGAUCAAAGAAGAAUGUCUGAGAUCACAGGGCACUUAAUAAAAAUGAGACUGGGAGACCUUGAUCGAGUCAAGUCCAAAGAUAGCAAAGAAUAUGCAGGAGGCAUUUAUUCUAGACUUGAAGCUCAGAUAAAAGCCUCAGCACAGAUGAGUGCACGACAAAGCAAUGCUGAGAAGAAUCCCAAGUCCAAAGCCCGUUUUGGUCAAGGUCGUCCAACAUAAAGAGUCAUGGACACACUUUAGCCAGAUCUCAUUACUGCUUCCUGAAACUCCACUGCACUCUGACG